AUGGACAAGGAUAUUGAGAUCAGAAAAGAACCCGCGGGCCUCAUUGCCACCGCAUCUAUUGACGACAUAAACGCCGAGGCACGAGCAGCUACAGAUCAAGAACAUGGGCAUUCCUUCUGGGAGGCAGCCAGGCUGUAUCCUGCCGCUGUAGGAUGGUCUCUCUUCUUUUCGCUGGGUGUCAUCAUGUGUGCCUUUGAUCCUCAACUGCUGGGCCAGCUCUAUGCGACUCCGGCUUUUCAGCGUGACUUCGGUUAUCUCUACGAUGGAAGCUACAUUGUCUCAGCUCCCUGGCAGACUGGCCUGAGUAUGGGCUCACCCAUUGGGCAAGUAGUAGGAGCAUUCUUUGCGGCCUAUCCAAUGGAGGCCUUCGGGCGCAAAAAGACCUUUGGAGCAUGUGUCAUCCUCACCACCGGUUUCGUCUUUAUCCAGUUCUUUGCGAGAUCGCUUCCCGUCCUGCUCGCGGGUGAAUUGCUCGGAGGAUUAGUCUUGGGAAGCUAUGCCGUGAUUGCGCCCGCGUACGCAUCAGAGGUGUGUCCUUUGGCUCUCAGAGGUGUUUUGACUUCCUGCACGAACAUUUGCUUCGUGACAGGCCAGUUGAUUGCAAAUGGGGUCAUUGCUGGAACACACGUUCUCGACAGUCAUUGGGCUUACAGUGCGCCUUUUGCGAUUCAAUGGCUAUGGCCGUUGGUUAUUCUGAUCGGUUUGCCAUUUGCCCCUGAAAGCCCAUGGUGGUUACAACGACAAGGCCGGUUUGAGGAUGCUGAGAAGGCUCUGAAGCGACUGGCCUCACCAAAGGUCGACGUCCGACCUACACUGGCCAUGAUCAUCGAGACGGACCGAUUAGAACGAGAGAUUGAGGCGGGUUCCACUUACCGGGAUUGUUUCAAAAAGAUCAACAUCCGCAGAACAGAGAUUGCCGUCGGUGUUUAUACCAUCCAAGUCCUCUCUGGUAUCUACCUUGUCGGCUAUGCCACUUACUUCUUCACACUUGCUGGCCUACCGUCCGACCAAGCGUUCAAUAUGGGCGUUGGCUUCCUUGCCAUCGGCUUUGUGGGCACGUGUCUCUCGUGGAUAUUGCUGAUCUACUUCGGUCGUCGAAGAAUCUACAACACUGGCUUGGCUCUGCUGGCAGUGCUCCAAGUAAUCAUCGGAAUCCUUGACUGCGCGCCAAACUACGACAACAGACCUUCCAUUUCCUGGGCCCAGAGCGUCCUGAUGCUGAUCUGGAACUUCAUCUACGAUUUGUCCAUCGGCCCCGUGUGCUUCGUCCUCCUCUGCGAAGUAUCGGCCACCCGAGUCCGCGGGAAGACCAUCGCGAUCGCCACCGCCGUCCAAGCCACCGCCGGUAUCGUCAUGACCGUUGCCAUUCCCUACAUGAUCAACCCCGAUCAAGCCAACAUGCGGGGAAAACUCGGUUUCUUCUUUGGCGGACUGGCGGCGCUGUGUCUGACGUGGUCGUACUUCCGAGUCCCUGAAUUAAAGGGGAGAACUUUCCAGGAAGUGGACAUCAUGUUCGAGCGCAACAUCAAGACCAAGGACUUCAAGCAUUACGUGGUCACGGCUUGA